AACGAGGAAACUGUCUUUUUCUCUCCCCUGAACAGCUGGGGUAACCUAUACCGAAGUGGACAGGGAAUUAUGGAGCUCUUUGCUGUGGUCAGUGUAGCGUCCUUAAUCCUGGGUAUCGUCGCAAUGUGGUUGACCUGUAAGAAGAGAUCCGUUGUGGGUAAUUACCCUAAGGACACGAUUGUGUUACACCAGAUAAGACGGGGACCUUACGCUCCCAGCAUCUCACCUUUCUGUGUCAAGCUAGAGACUUACCUGAGGAUGUCAAAGCUCAAGUACCAGAAUGUCUGCGGCCGAACAAUGUCAUCCAAGGGUAAAGUCCCUUGGAUCGAGCUGAAUGGCCAAGAGAUCGCAGAUUCUGAGUUCUGCAUUGAAUUCCUGAACAAGAAGUUUGACGUCGACUUAAAUGCUGGUGUGUCACGAGUGGACCUUGCUACAGGAGUCGCUUUCCAGAGGCUUGCUGAAGAUAGUCUCUACUGGUGUCUAGUGUUGUACAGAUGGGUGUUUCGUGUGAACGAGGCUUGGCUAGAAGAGGCUCGGAUCCCCGUCUUAUUCCGCUGGUACGUCUCGCGGUUUACCCGGCGUCAGACAUGGUCCCAGGGCCACGGCAGGCACAGCCAGGCAGAGGUGGACCGGAUAUUGCAGAGCGACCUUCAGGCACUAUCAGAGUUUUUAGGUACUAAACCGUUCCUUCUGGGUCGGGAGCCGAGCCAGGUGGACUGUGCUGUGUUUGGUCAGCUCUCCCAGUUUAAGUGGAACAUGCACGGCUGUUUGGCCAACACACUCGUCACGGAGACUUUUCCCAACCUGAGUGCUUACUGCGAGCGUAUGAAGGAACGGUACUGGCCCGACUGGGAUGAACACACUCUGAUGGGCCGCAAACAGGACAAGUAGACGAGCACCGGGAGCUCCCAAAGGGCGCAAAGGCGA